AAUCUCGAAGCGAAAGAAUUCUUCGACGCAUUAAUCAUUUGUCUUCAAACAGUAGCUAGGAAAUGGAAAUAUCACCCAGAAAACCGUCGAAACGUGCACAAGAACCUAUUGAUGAAUGGCUACAGAAUGAAGGAUAUUUCAGAAAACAUGCACCUAGAGAUGCAACUUGUUUAUUUAGAGCAGUUAGCGAACAAGUUUAUAUGACACAACAUUAUCACAUAAAAGUUAGAAAAGAAUGUGUAGAAUUCAUGAAAAAAAUGAAACAUAUGUUUUUGGAGAAUAUAACAAUUCCAUUUGACGAUUAUUUAGAGCAAAUGGCAUGUUUUACUGAAUGGGGUGGUAUGACUGAGAUUCAAGCUAUGUCAUUGCUCUAUAAGAGAGAAUUUGUUAUACUUAAUGGUCAGAAACAAGCUAGUCGUACCGUUACUAACAAUGGUUUCAAAGAUAUGAUAUAUUUAUGUCAUACUCCACAAAAACAGUAUGAAAGUAUUUAUACAAGAGAUUUUGUUGCAACUGCUGCAUAUUGUCAGUCUAUUGUGUAUCAAAUAUUAUACAAAGAUGUGUUCCAAAUGGCUAAUAUAGAGACAACUGUUCAUAAAAUGUUACAUGAUAGAACAGCUACAUUUAGACAUGACAAGUUUUUCCUUAAAGGCAAUUUGGAAAUCCGAGAUCAAUUAGCUACAGAGAUAUAUAACAAAGUUGAUAGUGGAAUUGAUGAGGUUGAUGAUGCUCAGUCUAUAAUAAAAAAUAUACCACCUUUCCCAUAUAGAAUUGCAAAAGCUCUUGAUCCCAAUAUUUAUCGUAAUACUGAUUUUGAUAUAUGGCAUGAAAUUAGAAGAGAAGUGAAAAAUGCUGGUUGGUCCAGGCACAAUAGUCAUGAACUCCAAAUUGGUGGCAAAUGUUUGGUACAAGUGGACUUUACUGAGGAAGAUUUUGACAAAACCAAUAAUAAUAAUAUUUAUGUAUCUUCUCUUGAAAAGGAUUCUAAUAGUAAUGAUACCAAAGUAUUGCAAAAGAAAGCUAAGGAACCAAUAUUUUAUUAUGGACACAUUCAAGAGAUGAGCAAAAAUCAGGGACCUGUAUUAGUUUUUAUUGAAGAAUUAGGAGAAAAAAGGGUUGUACCAUAUUCAGCUCUCAAACCAUUACCUCCAAAAAAGAGUAAACAGGCCAAUUGGUUACCAGUUUGUAAAAAGAAUCUAAUCUUAGAUUCAAAUCAAAAAUGGAAAAAAGCAUCUGGUGCAACAUCGCGCAAAAUUAAAGACUCCACUAAUGUGAAUAUUUUAUCAAAUAACAUUGAUAAAAAUGAAAACAAUAAUAACAUUGCGAAUGAUAUUAAUAAGAAUAAUUUUCAGUGGAAGGAAGGACAAUUAAAAGUAGAGCAUCAAGAAUAUGAAAAUUAUUCGGUGGAAAAGUGUCCUAAUUACCCAGUUAAUAAUUCUGUUGAAAUGUUUCCUGCAAGAAUGAUUCUUGAUAACCCUCAAUCUCCUACAAUAGACAUUGUAAAACAAGAAAAUAAUAAAGAACAUAAAGAAAAAUGUUCAUUCUCACAUAAAAAUUCUGAAAACAAUUUUGUAAGAAGUUCAAAACCUGAUAAUGGAACAAAUAAUGAUAAUAAUGCUGACUUCAACUCAUAUUCUAAACAAGGGAUGCAAAAGGAAAUGCAUUAUUCACUAUAUGCUGAUUCUAAUACUCAAAUGGACCAUAUGCUACGUUCUAUUAAUUGUUCUGUACAAAAAAGUAUUGAUAUAAAUGGUAGUGAUUUACCACUAUCAGAUCCAUUCACUUUGAGAUUUUUUUAUAAUUUAGGAUUGGAGUAUUUCCGUGGCGGAGCUAAUUGGAAUUAUUUAACAAAUGGACAUUCAUCUGAUUUUGGACAUUGGUAUCAAGGAGUACCUCAGAAUGAGGAAGAAAUUACAAAUAUUACAAAUAGUAUGAUCCAAGAUUGUACACUGACACAACAAAAGAAAGAAUAUAAUAGUGAUCGAAAAGAAAUUGGCAUACAAUCACUGUGCCAAGAAAAUGGAGAUAAAUAUGUAAAUGGUAUAACAGAUAUGCAGAUUCAAAAGACUGAAGGUUUUAGGGGAGAUGAUGAAAAAGAUAUGUCAUAUCCAUCUCGUGGGAAGAUAAAAGAACAAGAGUCUAUAAAUAAAGAAUCUUCUCAUAUAAGUAGAAAUGGAUUAGGUCCACGAUUUAAAAAAAAUUCUGAAAAUCGACACCGAUCUUCACAUUUUUCUAAUCAGUGUUCAGCUAAUGGAUCAAACUCUAAAGCUUCUAAGUUAGAGAAAGAUGCAAAAGAGGAUAAUACAAAUAAUCAAUAUUCACACUCGAUACAUCAUCAAUUACACCCUCCAGUAAAUACAAUAAACACAUAUCAAGCGUCUUAUAUGCAACAAGGCAUGUAUUCUGGAUUAUCAUAUUACACGAACGAGGCCGAAGCAUUCGCGAAUCCUUAUUACUCCUUAAAUGCAGGUUUUAUUUCAAUCCCGUGUUUACCUCAUUCUGAUAUACCUGAUAAUAAUGUGCAACCUUUUUCGCCGCAUCUAUAUCCUGGAAUAGAUUAUACACAAGCUUAUUCUGGUUUAUGCCCACCGUACUUAUAUCCUCCGCCAACCCCAUUUAAUAUUCCACCACAAAAUGUGUCGGAACAUUGGUAUGCAGUUGCUGGACAACCGCAUUAUAUGCAGUGUGCGCCGGUCUUACCUGUACCUGCAGAAACUACUUGCAAUGGGAUAGUACAAAAUACUAAUCAGAAUAUUUCAUCUUAA